AUGAAAUCUUAUCAAAAUAAUUCAAAUCCAUUUUUAUAUGCUAAUAAAUGGUCACAACUUAUUCACAAUUGGAUAUCAAAAUUAAUUAAUAUAAAAAAUCAUUGGUUGGAUGAAUUAAAACAAUAUCCGAAUAAGCCAAGUCGCUUUCGUGCUACAAUUUAUACUGUUGGAUGGACACCACUCAUUAUCGGUCUUUUAUUUAUUUCUCUAAAAUUAACAAUUAUCAGUCAACCAUUAUUAAUUAUAUAUUUGAUGGACUUCUUUGAGCCAUGUUCUAUUAUGUCUAUUGAAUUAUUGUAUUAUUUAAUUGAAAUAUUUGCUAUGGAGAUGCGUGUUGAUUAUCAUGGUUUGAUCUAUCGUAAAGUUCUUCGUUUAUCAAGUAGUUGUUUAAAUGCAUUUAGUUCAGGUGAGAUAACUAAUGUAUUCUCAAAUGAUGCUAGUCAAAUUGAACUAAUUCGGGGUUCUUUGAAUUAUCUAUGGGUAAUUUAUAUUAAAAGAUUUUAUCGUAAUAUACAUAUCCUAUUUUAA